AUGUCGACAGAAGAUACACACAGACUGAUUGCUCAACUCAAAGAUCUACAUGAUCGGGCUCCCUCUGACACAGCUCUUCGUAAUGAGCUCUACAAUGCUCUAAUUCGAGCCACAGCAGCAAUUGAAAGCCCUCUGGACACUGUGCGGCGCCUUUCAUUCGCUCCACUCCAACUCAGUGUAGCCAAAAUAGCUGUGGACUUGAACCUCUUCGAGAUAAUUGUCAAUCAAGAUGGCCCUGCUGAUGUGGCUAAACUUGCCCAAGCGACAAAAGCAGAAGGUCUUCUCCUUCGUCGUAUCCUCCGUUAUAUGGCAUCAUUUGACAUGAUAGCGGAGUCAAACCCCGAUAGCUUCAAGGCAUCUACCAAGACAAAAUCUCUCGCCACUCCGGGAUUCCAAGCGGCAAUCAAGCACCAGUUGAGUUGGCCCCAGCGUCCAACAUAUCUUGUUGAUACGGUGAUUAACACGAUACGAUUUAGUUUCGAGGCCCAGUUGCCUGCUUGGGUCGCCAUGCCACAGUUCUUGCAGGACACGAAUUAUCAGAACCCGAUCGAUCCCCGGCAUACAGCAUUUCAGCAGGCACACGCCACUCCAUUGGCUGCAUUUGAAUUCGCGAUGACCCGACCAGAGUUGUUCGCUGAUUUCAGUAAGUGGAUGGCAUUGCAACGCCACGACCAACCAACCUGGCUCGAUGUCUUCCCGAUUGAGCGAAUCUCGCAGGCGGCAAAAACAAUGGAAUUGUCUCAGCCAGUGUUUAUUGAUGUUGGGGGCGGCGUGGGCCACCAAUGCAAGGCCCUAGUGCAGCGAUUGCCGGAAUUGAGUUGCCGCGUAAGACUGCAAGAUCUCCAGCCAGUGGUGGAGCGUGCUAUUCCAGGAACGGGUGUCGAAGUCCAAGCUUACGACUUUUGGACCCCUCAACCUUGUCUCAAUGCGGCUUUCUACUAUCUUCGUAACGUGCUGCAUGAUUACCCCGAUGAACGUUGCCGGGUGCUUCUUGAGCAGCAGUUACCUGCUUUGGGAACCAACUCGGUUUUGCUGAUUGAUGAAAUGAUCGUUCCAUCGGUCGGUGCGUCGCGUCAUGGGGUUGAGUUAGACAUUGCCAUGAUGGCGAGCUUGGCUGCUAUAGAACGUACUGAGGGGCAAUGGGCUGACCUCUUUCGGUCUGCGGGCCUGUGUAUUGUGGAGACUUUCUGUUAUGAUCCACAGAUGGGGCAAAGUCUUAUGGUAGUAGUCCCACAGACACAAUGA